GCCGUGACCUCGCUGAGAGCAGUGCCGAAGCCGCGGGGCGCCUGUGUCAUUACUAAAUCACUACCUGCAUUGGUUACCAAAUGUUAAAAACACAUGGAAAUCAUUGUGAAACUUCACAUUUAGAAAUAGUUCAGAGAUUUGAUGUGCUCCUUGUGAUCAUCUUCACAGGUGUGCUGUUUUCUGGCUCCUCUAAGAAGAUAAUUUCUAAAUUUUACAGUUUUGAGCUACUUGAGGUGUGCAUUCACCGUGUUAGAUGGUGCAGCAGCAUUCGUGUUAUAAAAUCAAAAUAUGUGUGCGUGUUUGACAAAUCUGCCCUCAAGUUUAGUCAUCAACAGCGAUUAUUCAGAACAUCUGCUGUUUCAUGUGGCCAGAUUGUCCAGUUUAAGCUUUCUGACAUUGGAGAAGGGAUUACAGAGGUGACUGUAAAAGAAUGGUACAUAAAAGAAGGUGACAGUGUGUCUCAGUUUGACAGUAUCUGUGAAGUACAAAGUGAUAAGGCUUCUGUUACUAUUACCAGUCGUUACGAUGGCAUCAUUAGAAAACUCCAUUACAGUAUAGAUGAUAUUGCUUUUGUUGGAAAACCAUUAGUGGACAUUGAAAUUGAUGCUUCUAAAGGUUUUGCCUCAGAAAAAGAUGUUGUGGAAACCCCUCCUAUGUCUCAUGAAGAGCACACUCACCAAGAGAUAAAAGGUCACAAAACAUUAGCAACCCCUGCAGUUCGUCGCCUGGCCAUGGAGAACAAUAUUAAAUUGAGUGAAGUUGUUGGAACAGGGAAAGAUAACAGAAUCCUUAAAGAAGACAUACUCAAUUACUUGGCCAAACAAACAGGAGCUAUUUUACCUCCAUCACCAAAGGCUGAAAUUGUCCCACCUUUGCCAAAAUCAGAGACUGUGCCAGCUACUCCAAAGGACAAAGCGCGCAAAAUCCCAGUACCUGUUUCCAGACCCAUUGUGUUUUCAGGAAAAGAUAGAACUGAACCUGUAACAGGUUUUCAGAAGGCAAUGGUAAAGACUAUGAGUGCAGCCCUGAAGAUACCCCACUUUGGUUAUUGUGAUGAGAUUGAUUUGACUCAGCUUGUUCAGUUGCGAGAAGAGCUGAAACCUCUGGCUGAAAUCCGUGGAAUUAAGCUUUCCUUUAUGCCUUUCUUCAUAAAGGCAGCCUCUCUGGGAUUAUUGCAGUAUCCCAUUCUUAAUGCUUCCUUGGAUGAAAACUGUCAAAAUGUCACAUAUAAGGCUUCACACAACAUUGGAGUUGCGAUGGACACGGAGCAAGGUUUAAUUGUCCCAAACGUGAAAAAUGUCCAAGUGUGUAGCGUGUUUGACAUUGCUUCUGAAUUGAAUCGCCUACAGUCCUUGGGCUCUGCAGGCCAGCUGGGAACAAGUGACCUCACUGGGGGAACAUUCACACUUUCAAAUAUUGGCACAAUUGGUGGCACUUAUGCCAAACCAGUGAUACUACCUCCUGAAGUAGCUAUUGGAGCACUUGGAAAGAUACAGGUUGUUCCUCGGUUUAAUGGGAGAGGUGAAGUAUUUAAGGCACAGAUAAUGAAUGUGAGCUGGUCAGCUGAUCACCGCAUCAUUGACGGAGCCACCAUGGCCCGGUUUUCUAACCUGUGGAAAUCUUACGUGGAGAACCCUGCUUCGAUGCUGCUGGACCUUAAAUAAAGGAAACCAUGGCUAGAACAUGCCUUUAAACUUUGUGGUUUAGCCUGAAUAGUUAUGAAAGCUGUCUCUGCUAACAUGUGCCCUUGGCUACGUGCAUUAUAUAAUAAUGUUAUGUGGUUAAAAGUUCUCAACAGUUGAUAUCAGUCUAUCAAUUAGUCGUUACUUCUUUUAAUUAGUAGUGCUGUAUUUUUUCUACAGCAGACUGUCAAACUGAAUAGGUCAUGGCUUCUGAAUAUGGUGGUAGAAUGUCUUUAUUGUGCCUUUUAUAAUAAUUGUCAGGCUGGUGGGACUGAGUGACACUGCUCUACACCUGCGGUAUUUAUAAUCUGAUUAACCUGUCUUAAAGGGGAAUACUCCUAGUUCUUCCAUGUUGGACACGUAAAUUUAUUUUAACCAAUAAUAUCCAGAUUCCCAAAAGGAGUUAUGCAAAAAUCAUAUACAAAUAAAAUGCCUUUAAUAUU